GCGGCGGGAGCGGGCCGUGGCACCGGGAGCGUGUCCGUGUCCCUGCGGCAUCGGGAACCGCGCUGCGAGCGUGUCCGUGCCCCUGCGGCCCCGCGGGCAGUGGGAGGCGCGGGGCCCGUAAGUACGAGCUCCGUCUGUAGAGCGGGGGAGCGCGGUGAGGGGCUGCCCGUCCUGAGGGUGAGCGGUCCAACUGCGGGGGCGGGUGUGGAAAUAGCGCUGGGGGUAACGAGUGUCCGGCUGGCGCUUGGUUUGGGAUCGUCACCGAAAGGCGAAGGGUGUUCGUUUCAUUGCACCUCCUCGGACUUGGAGCAUCUGGUCUGUGGCCGAAACUGGGUCGUCUUGUGCAGCUUGGGACUUCCAGGGAGUCCGUGUGCGUGUGGGGAGCCCCUCAUGGAGCAUCACAGGCGGGAGUUGAGGCGGUGAUCAUGCAAAGUGGUAAAGUGAGACUCUAGCAGGUGGAAAAUCAGGAACACACAUUCAAAGGACAAUGGACUUCACAUAUACCAGUGCUUAGAGACUGCUGCAUUUGUCUGAUGAAUUCCCAGUGGAGACAGUUGCUCAGCUUAUUGAUCAUAAACCAGAGCAGGCUGGAACACGGGAAUAGCACUCCUUGUUCAGGUUAAAGUCAUAUUUUGUGACAUUUGAAGAGCAAACAAUACUAUGGCUCCAUGAAUUUCAAAACUGCAGGAAGUGUGGCAGCCCUCCCUACCUCCAGCUUUACUUCCCUACUGUGACGUUCUUACUGGGAGCUGUGGUUUCAUCCCCGCUGGAUAUGCAGUGACCUGCCUCGGCAUCAGAGCAGAGGAAGCUGUUUGUGGAUCAGGGAAAGCCAUGGCCUUGGGCUGGAAUGUUUUUAACCUCUUCUAUAAGUUCAAAGUGUUGGUGCUUGUCACUUUAUUUGUGAUGGUGCUAUGGACCACAUUCAGUUACUUAGUGGACACUAGACAGGAAAUUCCUAAAGCUAAGAGCAUGGUGGAGUUUUUCUGGAAGGUAACUCGCCUGGAGCACAGUCAAAAGGAAGAGAAGAUUGAAUCCACUGCAGAUGUUCCCAUGGUGGAGUCAUUUCAGGAUCCCUGCCCAGCUCUGUCUCCGCACCUGCGAGGUGCCAACAAACUCUCCUUCAAACCAUCUGUUACUCUGGAAGAGGUGCAAGAGGAGAACCCUCAGGUAGCCAAGGGCCGGUACCACCCUGUGGAGUGCUCAGCCCUGCAGCACGUGGCCAUCCUUAUCCCGCACCGCAACCGGGAGAAGCAUCUGCUGUACCUCCUGCAGCACCUGCACCCCUUCCUGCAAAGGCAGCAGCUGGAUUAUGGCAUCUAUGUCAUCCACCAGGCUGGCAACACCAAAUUUAAUCGAGCCAAACUGCUGAAUGUAGGAUACCUAGAGGCCCUAAAGGAAGCAAACUGGGACUGUUUCAUUUUCCAUGAUGUGGAUCUGGUGCCAGAAAAUGACUUUAACAUUUACAUGUGUGACACACAACCAAAGCACCUUGUAGUUGGCAGGAACAAUACUGGAUACAGGUUACGGUACCGGGGAUAUUUUGGAGGUGUAACUGCUCUUACAAGAGAUCAGUUUUCCAAAGUGAAUGGAUUCUCUAACAACUACUGGGGUUGGGGUGGAGAAGAUGAUGACCUUCGAAUCAGGGUUGAGAUGCAGAAGAUGAAAGUGGUGAGGCCACCUGCUGAUGUGGCCAGGUACACGAUGAUCUUCCACAACCGUGACCAUGGUAACGAGGAGAAUCGAGAGAGGAUGAAGCUUCUCCGUCAGGUCUCUAGAACAUGGAAGACAGAUGGGCUGAAUUCCUGUUCCUAUAAACUGCUCUCUGUGGAACACAACCCACUGUACAUCAACAUCACGGUGGACUUCAGUGUGCAGCCCAAAGUCUCAUAGGGGCCAGCACCUCCCAGGUUAUAGGAAAUGGCAACAGAUCUCCUUUGUGGCUGCUGUUAGAGCAGACGACUUCCAGCACCUGCUUGGAAGAGUCCUUCAGUAGCACAGGAGCGAGUAAAGUGCUCCUUCACAGCAUCUCAUUGGGUGGUUGAGAGUUUCCUUUUGUGAGGACUGGAGUUAUGGACUGACCCAAGGGACAGGUCCUCGUGUUCUUCUAUGCACUUUUUGCUGGGACAUUAGAAAAUGUGUCCUUGUUUGGGCUGGUCCAAGGACUUGAACCAAGUCCCUGAAAAAAUAUUUGGUUUUGCAACUCUUUCUAAAGUUAUUUUGGUCUCAUUAAAAGCACAGUAAUUCUUCAAGAACUACAAACUUGAUGAGAAAAGUUAGUUUUUUCUGGCCUAAGGAAAAACUGCUUAUGUGUGAGGGAAGGGCAGUAAUGGUAAUGGGUAAGAAGAUGUUAGAAAUUUCUCAAUAAAUGCAGUCCACUGAA